AUGAGCCUCGCUGAGCUUCACAGACCCGCAAUUGCACACCCCAACUGCGACACAGGCCCUCAGCUCGCUUUCGGCUGCGCCCCUAAAACCCCCGGGCUCUCCAACCGGCCCGGCGAGUGCGGAUGCAUGGUUGAAACGUUAUUCUGCUCUGGCUGCUCAAUGGUACUUGGCAACAUCUACAGAUGCACCCCAAAGCAUCUCGACUACAAGAGGGAUUUGUUCUGCUUCAAUGUUGACUCAAUUGAAAGUUACAUUCUAGGAUCCUCAGAAAAGCAAGCUCUUACAGAUGAGGAACCUUUAACUCUUGAAAGUCGAGCUGUCUUGGAAGAGGUGCUACAAAGGGCAGGAACUGUAUUAAAGGCUCUGGAGACAAGACUGACUGCUGUUGAAUCAAGUAUUGCUUCUCUUCACAAUAAAGCCUGA